UCAAGAGGAGGCACUGUCACUCAUUCCACCUCCCAUUAAAAAUUCCCCAGAUUCAUCGACAUCAAAGUCCGCGAUUAUGGCAGUUAGAAGAUCUCUAAAAGAUGUGAGAAUUUGGAAAGGAUUCUUUGAGGUUCCAGAAUUUGCAUAUCGGCAUCCAUUUAAUAAAGAGAGAUCAGUAUGCACUGCAAUUGAUGUUAAUAUCAAUUCGGUGCUAAACACUGUAAUGGGUGCCGAUUAUUACUUUUCAGAUCAGUUGUCCUAUGCAGGAGACCCCGAUUUUACCU